AUGGAGCAGAAACAGGGCAGCAAGAAUGAUGAGAUUUCGAAUUUGGGCGCUAGAACAAAGGCUAACAGAAGAGGGAUUAGUUUAGGGCCAGCAGAAAUCCUUUCUGCAGGGCGUAGAGGGAUGAGUUUGGGGCCUUCGGAGAUUUUCGGGGCGGCGAAAUCGAGGCAGAUGGUGAUCAACACCACCUCUCUGCAGAGUAGGAGGCAAUCUUGCUUGUUUAAGUUGCAGGGGAUUGAUGAGGAGAGGGUGGAGAGCUGCAGUUUGAGCCCGAAAUCGAGGAAAUUUGCUGAGAAAUUGAGGCAAGCCGUGACCACCAUUGGUUCAAGAAAGGCUGUGAAGAAGGAAGAAUCUGUUUUAAGCUCAGUCCAGCCAAAGAAGCUGUUUAGGGAUGGCGAGAAAUCAGUUCCAAACAAGAAGGCGUCUAGGCCGGGGAGGGUGGUGGCGAGUAGGUAUAAUCAGGGCGCGUCUCAGGCUUCGGCGAUGAGGAAGAUAUCGUUGCCGGAGAGUGAUGGUGAUGCAGGGAAAAGGGUUGAGAAGACGCGGUCUUUUUCCGUGGGGAAGACGAGGGCUAAUGAAGGCGAGGGCCGGGUGAAGAAAAGGUGGGAGAUUCCUAGUGAGAUUAUAGUUCAUAGCAGUGUGGGGGGAGAGGGAGAGGGAGAGGGGGAGAAGUCUCCUGGAUGUGUUGUGGCAGCGCCUGGCCUUCUUCCGAGGCUGAGGAUCGCUCGCUGCAACAGGAGUCCACGUGACUCGGGGCCUGCCAAGAAGGUUGCACAACUAGUUGGGAGGAAGUCAUACUUUUCUAUUGAUGAGGGAGUGGACGUGGAGAAUUCUGUGUCAAGCUCUGAGCUAUGA